AUGAAAGCAUUCGGCUAUCUGAUAGCCAGCGCGGUACUGCUGACCGGGGCAGUGGCGCAGUUGAAGUCACCUGCUCCAAACACCUCCCUCGGUAACGGUUGGAGAUACAAGGGCUGUUACUCCGACACUUUAUCGACCUCUACCAUUCUUCCCCACGCUCUCAAUGGUUCCUUGACUCACAUAAACCCCAACGGCGGUGCGUUAUGCACACAAACCUGUAGAGGUCAGGGCUUUAAAUACGCUGGAACCAACGACAACCAGUGUUGGUGCGGCAACGUCAUCAACCCGAGCAACUCCGUGACCGCGGGUAUUCUGUCUCCGCUCGGCGACAUCGCCUGCCAGACCAGCUGCCGAGGAAACCUACCCGAAGCCUGUGGCGCCAUUGACACGUUCAUCUCCAUCUACGAAUACACUAACCAGCCACUCUGGAACAUCAUGUGA